CGGACGGUUUUGUGAGCGUGCAUUAUGUAAGUAGGUUUUUUUCUCCUGUGUCCGGUCCUUAUCCCCAAUUCCCCAUUCCCACGUUCUCAUCCCUAGGUCUCGCCGUCACCGGUAGGAGGCAUCCCGGCGGCUUGCCCUCGUCACCGUGCACCUCCGUCCACAGCCCGUCCCCCUCAACUCUCCCACCGCCACCGCCAUCGCCAUCGUCUAUAGCACGCCUCCGCCUUUGGAUCUGACGGGGCAAACGAAAGCAGCGCUCCCCCCUCCGUAAUGGCCUACACCGAUGUCCAAGCAGCCUACGCCCUUGCCGCAAGCACCGGACGGCCACCUCCAACUCAGCAUAUGUUCCUCUAGCGGCUGCUGCCGGCCUGGCCGCCGAUGCCACUUUUUACCUGCCAGAUGUCUCAACCUGCAACUGAUUGCAAGUUAACAGAAUAUAUUAAGCUGAGACCUCAAUAAAAUCUUGGAGAACCCGAGCUGACUUUGGCCAAGCUGAGCAGCGUAUGGACACGGACAGGAAUCGCUGUUAUUUGGUUAAACAUUCUUCAAGGGUGGGACUAUCCAAGCGGGUGUACAAAGGUGGGCUGCAGCAUAGCUAUAUAUGCAGAGUUUCCAUAGGAAGAAUAAUAAUUUUAGAGAUUAUUUGCUUUGAAUUCUGCACAAUCCUGAUAUUGCUCUACGACUAGUAUAUUUGGUUUUCCCAAGGUUUACAUCAACUAGUUGAUUAUUUGUGUUCUGGACCAUGUAAGCUGCAUGGGGGCAAAAAAAUUUCCCGAUCUUGUGGCACAUGAUUUUGCUCUGAGAUCUGCAUCAUUUUAUUUUUGCAAUUGUGUCUUGUGUUGGUGUAAAUCUACAUGGAAAACUUGGAGAACUUUGUAUUUGUGUGACGUAGAAAGAAAUUUAUGCAAAGUGUUCCAUUUAGUGGGAAUCCAAACUAAAGUUACUUUCUGCCGACUUUUCUGGGCAGUAAGUUUGUCAAAUGAAUCGCAAGGAGUAUGGAGUAGAAAUAUUAGAGUUGGACCACAACGCAUAAGAAAAUCAAAAGUAAAAAAGAAUAAGAAUAUGCAAGUUACGAUAGAAGACGGGAAAAAACAGAAGUAUCCUAGAAAAACAGGAGAUUUUGAAAAAUUGUAAAUAAUUAAAAAAAUCGUGAAAAGUAAAUAUGUUCAAUGCAAUUAACAGUUAAAACCACCACAUUUUGCCUUAAAUUUCCUUUGCUUUGCAUGCCUUCAGGUUUUUUUAGGGGGGGGAAUGGACUGUUUGUUCGCUGUUUUUAUGUGAAUUCAGAUUUAUAUUCUAAUAAGGACUCUGGAAUUCAGAUUUAUAUCUAAAAUUGUCCUUGCAGAUCAUCCGUUCUAGUUGCAAAACUUGCAGUGUAAACCAAAUCUUUCUGGUCCAGAAUUUUCAUUUCCAAAAUCUCCUAUUGCUUGCCUGCUAACUGUUUGCCAAACAGUUUCUUUGGCUGCAACUGCAGUUCUGCAUUACUGCCUAAAACUCGUUCUUUUACCGAGAUAGGUCUGACCAUCACAUUCACCCGCACGCCCAUAGACAUACUCCUGUUAGGUGUUCUACCAGAAUCUUCAAACACCCGCUUCAGAAUAUUCUCAACCAGUUUGGUCAAACUAUAUAGCUUGUAUCCAUUGUCCAGCUCCCAAGCUGACCUUGUAAAGUUCAACAUUGCUAGCUUCUGGUUCAGAUAACCCAUGAUUUGGUAACAGUACUACCGUUACCUGGGUGUCCUGGUUAUCGAGACUUGGAAGGAUUGCCAUGUGAGCUUACCCAAAGAAUGAGCCCAAAGUUAACUUGCCGGAGCUGCCUCCUGUUACCUCUCUGGCGAUCGAGCUUGCUUCCGUCCCCCGCAACAAUUCUCAUCGCCGCAGAGUCUUCUCCCACGGCACUCAACGAAUCCCAAAGGCAUGUUGCGCCCCGGCCUUACAUAUCCGAUUGCUCCCAGACUCUCUCCAUCUCAUGCCAGAAACCGGAAACAUGUCGAUGGAGUCGGUCGGGUCGAGCUACGCGGCGAGUGCGGACGAGGAGGCCUCGACGCGUCGCGUGGCCAACCGCAUCAUCCGCGCGCUGCAACACCAGCUCCGGCUGCUGCACCGCGCCGGCCCGGACUUCUUCGUGUUGGGCGCGACGGGCAACGUGUACACGGUGACGCUGGCGGUGUCCCCCGCGUGCACGUGCCCCGACCCGGGCGCGCCGUGCAAGCACAUCCUCUUCGUGCUGCUGCGCGUCCUGGGGCUGUCGCUCGACGAGGCCUGCGUGUGGCGGCACUCGCUGCGCCCGUGCCAGGUCGCGCGCCUCGUGGCCGCGCCGACGCGCGCCGACGCGCUCGCCGGCCCGCGCGCCAGGGAGCGGUUCCACCAGCUGUGGCCGUCGGCGGCGGCGGCUGUCAAGGCAACCGCCGACCAGCGGCGGAACGAGGCCGCGACGUCGUCCGGGUGGCCACUCGACGGCGCGGCCUGCCCGGUGUGCCUGGAGGAGAUGGCGGCGGCUCCGGAGGAUGCGCAAGGCGGCGUGGCGGGGCAGCAGGUGCUGCUGACGUGCGGCACGUGCCGGAACUCGGUGCACGCCGAGUGCUUCGCGCGGUGGAAGCGAAGCCGGGCGCGGCGGGCGGCGACGUGCGUCGUGUGCCGGGCGCGGUGGCGGAAGCCGAGCAGGGACCGGGAGCAGGACCAGCAGCGGUACAUCAACCUGUCGGCGUACAUGAACGAGGAGAACGACGUGGUGGAUAUGCAGAUCGAAGAUGGGGGCCUAUGCGCUGGGUAGAACUAGAAGUUGAUAUUUUAACUCGUUUAAGGGGACUUGUUCAUAUGGACGUGAAGUAAACAUGUGUACAUAGCAGUAACAUUGAUCUCAAUUCGUUGGUCAUUGUAUUUCUUUCUAGUUCUUUCUUAGGAUCUGACUUGACUUAUACUCAUGUACAGAAUUCCUAUGUUAAUAAAGCAUCGAUUGUGUGGUACUCUGAAGAAA